UGUAUUUAUUUAUUUAUUUAUGUACAUGUAUCUCUCCCACGCGUAUGCCAUAGCUCUUUGCUCCAUCUCACUUCUCUUUCUACGACCAAUUUGAACGCGGAAGGGCGACGACAUGGCGCUUGAAAAGGCUAAGGGUAUCGUUUCGGAGAACUCCGUCGUCGUUUUCAGCAAAUCCUACUGUCCAUUCUGCAAGGACGUGAAGAAAUUAUUGGGGCAGCUCGGCGCCUCCUUCAAGGCCAUUGAAUUGGAUACCGAGGGUGAUGGAAACGAAAUUCAAGCAGCUCUGUAUGAAUGGACCAAACAGCGCACGGUCCCUAAUGUAUUCAUUGGUGGGAAGCACAUUGGUGGCUGUGAUACGACGACAGGAUUGCACAAUCAAGGGAAGCUUGUCCCGUUGCUGACUGAUGCUGGCGCUGUUGCGACAGCCUCUGCUUAGACUGCUUGUCAAUUGCUAUGUUGGUAAAAAAUAAGGUUUGCUAUUGUGGUAAUAAAUCCCUAACAACUUUGUGUUGCUAUGGCUAUAAGUGCUUGUGUUUGUCUUGAAAUUGAAGUCUUUGAUCAAGAGUUUGGAAUGUAGACAUCUUUCAAAUGUUUGUUAUAUGAAAUAUAUUAAUGUUUUCUUUAA